AUGGAUCCAUUUUCUUACCCGUGCGCUGACCUCAGCGUAGAUCCCGCUGCAUUCGCUCGGAUUGCAUCUUUGGCAUACGAACUACGUGAUCGCAACUGGGCAGUGCUACAAUCUUCGACCCCGUCUCGCCCCAGUAUCGUCUUCGGCAACACAUCAGAAACGUGGGGCAUGUAUUAUGACAGCACCCCUGACGAGCGAGCCAGCAUCAAGUUAAAGAUCGCUCUUGCGAAUGAGCAAUUCCCUGUAGCUACCCUCCGUCUUCAUACCGGAGGCAUCAACGCACAAGUUGAGAUUCUGCGUGAGGGCCUCGCUUCCGUAAUCCAUAUCGACGGCGUACUACUCGAAUACAGGCAAACACGCACACUGGUCCCUGGUGCCAUCGUUCGCAUCGAUGGGUUAGAUUACAAGUUUCGGUACCUGAUAGGCAUGGAAGGUCUUCCCCACCACGCCCGUGACUAUCCAACCAUCCAAGCCUCAGGACGAUUCCCAACUAUCUCCAGUGCGGAACAUCGCAGGACGGGUCGUGCUGUGGCGAUCAAGUACCGGGUAGUGCCGAUCGACAAGUUGACCUCUGUCGCAUCCCAGAUCAGGCUACUCGAUGAACUGACUCAUGCAAAUAUUGCGUCUCUGAGUGAUUGGUUCGUGGGUCGCUCGGACGUGAACGAUCCCGUCAGGGAGAUCUCUACGGUUACUUUCCUCGCUCCCCUCGGCAGUCUUCACGACUUCAUUAAGUUUGGGCAGAAAUUGGGCGAGCUUCAGGCGCGGCCCGUCAUGGCUCAACUCAUGGACGGGCUGAUGUAUCUGCAUGGUCGUGGUAUCAUCCACCGCAAUCUGAGACCUGAGAACAUUCUCGUAUUCCACAAGAGCCAGGGCGGCGUUCCUUCAAUCAAGAUAAGCGGCCUCGGCUUCGCUGUACGGUCCGGCAGCGCUGAAGUUGCUGCGUGGGCGGCGCCCGAGUUGCUUGUGCGCAAAUACAGCCACCUUAGCGACGCCUUCAGCGCAGGGGCUGUGAUGUUCUUCCUUCUAUGGGGACGGCCUCUUUACAAUGUUAACGAAGGGUCGAGCUUCGAUACGCAGAUGCAGACAAGGCAGUCUAAUCUCAUCGGAAUGCGCAAGCAAUUGAUGAGCUCUGUCGCAUGUGAUCUUCUCGAAAGCUUGACCAAGAUAGUCAUGGAAGAGCGCAUAACAUCACACAAUGCCCGACACCACACCUGGCUUCAAGGACGUCGAGUUCCUCCCCCAUUUUUUGGCUAUUAUGGCUAUAAUCAUCCUCUCGUCGAGACGUUUCGCAAUGGGAACUGGAAGGCCUCCUUUACGUCUGAUCGAUCUGAAUGGGCCGGCAUUUAUCCAGAUCCGACUGAGAUAUUCAUUGAUGACUCGAACGCGCUGCAGGAUGAAGGCUCGGACGUAACAGCUCUUCAAAGCGACCGCCCGGAGCUCGAAUGGCAGACAUCUCAUGAUGAUGACCCGCUGUUCCUUCCAGAAGAUGGUGACAAGUGGGGGCGUCAUGUAGCUCGCAGCUCCCUAGACCUGCUCUUCCUCGCAGAUCAUACUCCUCCUGCUACUGUAGACAGUCCAUGGUGGGACCAGGUCUUGGCGGAGCUUGGCGCCGAUGUACAGGGAAGCCAGGGCGACACGGACGCAAUCACGCACGAUGGUGUUUCUCCCGCUCAGCUCAACGUCGUUCCUGAUCAUGAGGACGUCGGAGAAUGGGAGAACAUCCCCGCUACACCGAACCCAGUCUCAAGCAAGUCGCGUCGCAAAUCCCGCGUUGGUGGUGUCCGCCGCGACCGGCGGGUCGAUCGUGUUUUCUUCUUGUUGUUUCGUACGGAAGCGGCCCCCAAGGGCCGCCCCCUCUGGGCGCAAACCGAAGGCGGGCCCGGAGGCUCGCCUGAAGUUUGCUCGGAAAAGACUUCACGAAAGAUCAGGGUAUGGGGCGGGUGGGAUUUGAUGCAGAUACGCCUCCCGCUCUCGCGGUGA